AAGCCAGAAUCCGUCUUAAAACCCUUGACACCUCUGAACCUCAGGGACUUCAUCGAGGGCCUUCCUGGUUAAAAUGCUGGAGGACAAAGAUGAUCCCAACACUGAGUUCAACAAUGAUAAUAUGGUGAUGACUGCAUGGAGCCUGUUUGCUGCUGGAACAGAAACCACAUCAUCCACCCUAAAACAGUCUUUUCUGAUGAUGAUAAAGUACCCUCACAUUCAAGAGAGUGUUCAGAAGGAGAUAGACGAGGUGAUUGGCUCAAGAGUGCCCACGGUUGACGACAGAGUUAAAAUGCCCUACACGGAUGCUGUCAUUCACGAAGUCCAGAGAUACAUGGACCUCAGUCCUACGUCUGUACCCCACAAAGUGAUGAGAGAUACAGAGUUCUACAACUACCACAUUCCAYAGGGUACCAUGGUCCUGCCUCUGCUGUCCUCUGUGCUUGCUGAUCCCAAAUUGUUUAAAAACCCAGAUGAGUUUGACCCAGAGAACUUCCUGGAUGAAAAUGGAGUCUUUAAGAAAAAUGAUGGAUUCUUUGCUUUUGGAGUGGGUAAGAUCAUGCUCCAAGUAGUUUGUGGAUUAUGUGAGUUAAAAACAAGAAACCUAGUGGCCUGGGGUGGUCUUGCAGUCUACAGUAAGCCGCUGCCUCUCUGGAGGUACUAUGUUCCGCUGCCAGCAUGGGUUUGGUUUGAAUCUGACCCGCUGCUUUUCAGCACACUCCUAAUAACUUUCCUGUAUCUCUCUAUAUCCUAUCCACAAAAAAACUUUAAAAGAUAUGAGAGGAUUGGGCCUUUCCUAGCCUGGUGAAGCUAGCCUGAUCCACCAGCCUAGGGUUUCCCCACUCAUUUAAAAAAACUUAACAAGAAACCUGAGAACCUCUGGUCAACUUCAAUUCAGUUAUAGGRUCAGCUGACUGACAAUGACCUCUAUCCUUUCUCUU